ACUACUCAAGAGACUGAGAAGUACCAGAGGAGCAGGCUAUAAGAAUGGCACCUGACAAAUCAUCUCCUGUGGAAAAUUCUUGGAAGAUCUUUGAAGAAUACCACAUAGAUGAAGAUGUGGGCUUUGCUCUGCCCAAUCCACUGGAGGAGCUACCUCACCCUUAUGAUGCCUGGAUUUCCAUUGCUAAAAAUCUGCCUGAACUGAUUAAGAAUGGCCAACUACGUGCAGAAGUUGAGAAGUUAACAACCUUCAGCAUUGACGGCCUCCAAGGACACAAGUCACAGCGCCUUGCACAUCUGGUUCUGGGAUAUAUCACCAUGGCGUACGUGUGGGGUGAAGGUGAUGGAGAUGUCCGGAAGGUCUUGCCAAGCAAUAUUGCUGUUCCUUACUGCAAGGUAUCUGAGAAGCUAGGACUGCCCCCUAUCCUGGUUUAUGCAGAUUGUGUCUUGGCAAACUGGAAGAAAAAGGAUCCCAGUGGGCCCAUGACUUAUGAGAACAUGGACAUCCUAUUCUCGUUCCCUGGCGGGGACUGUGGUAAAGGGUUCUUCCUGGUCUCUCUGGUGGUGGAAACAGCAGCUGCUUCUGCAAUCAAAGUGAUCCCCAUUAUAUUUAAUGCAAUACAACGUGAAGACCCAGAUACUUUGCAAAAGGCAUUGCUUGAUAUAACUUCUUGUCUGCACAAAGCCCUUGAAAUAUUUCACCAAAUUCAUGAAUAUGUGGACCCAGACCUAUUUUUCAAUGUUCUUCGCAUAUACUUAUCUGGCUGGAAAGGCAACCCUUUACUGUCAGAGGGUCUGCUGUAUGAAGGUGUCUGGGACACCCCAAAGAAGUUUGCCGGGGGCAGUGCAGCCCAAAGCAGCAUCUUUCAGUGCUUUGAUAUUCUGCUGGGCAUUCAGCAUACUGUUGGUGGAGUUCCUUCAGACUCUGCUGCUAAAUUCCUCCAGGAAAUGAGAACAUAUAUGCCAUCAGCUCACCAGAACUUUCUUCGCUCGUUAGAGUCAGGCCCCUCGGUCCGUAAGUUUGUCCUUUCAAAAGGUGAUGCCACCCUGCAGGAAAUUUAUAAUGAAUGUGUGCAAGCCAUGGUCUCUCUGAGAGACUACCAUUUGCAAAUAGUAGUUAAGUACAUUGUGAUUCCUGCAAGCCGGCCAUCCAAGAAAAAACAAACCUCGAAAGAGCCUUCAGAACCAAAAAGUAAAGGAACUGGAGGCACCGAUAUCAUGGGUUUUCUAAAGACUGUAAGAAGUACAACUGUGAAUUCCCUGUUGAAGGAAGAUUAAGGUCAUCCAAGAAAGUGCUUGUAUUGCUACCACAUGUGGUAAUGUCACUGCCCAUUAUAUCAGAAAUAACAUUAACAUUCAUAACUUGAGGAGAGGAAAAUAAAACUAAUGUCCAUAAAAAAAAACCUGCACAUGGAUGUUUAUAGCAGCUUGAUUCAUAAUUGCCAAAACUUGGAAGCAUGAAAUAAACCGAGGUACACAUCCUUACAGUAGAAUAUUAUUCAGGGCUAAAAAGAAAUGAGUGAUCAAGCCAUGAAAAGACCUGCAGAAACAUGACAUGCAUGUUAUUAAGUGAAAGAUGUCACUCUGAAAAGGCUACAGACUGCGUGAUUCCAACUAUGUGACAUUCUGGAAAAAGGUAAAACCAUGGAGGCAGGAAAAAGAUCAGUGAUUGCCAGGGGUUAGGGCAGAGGGUGCGAUGAACAGGAGAAGCACAGAGGAUGUUUAGGGCAGUGAAACUAUUCUGUAUGAGAGUAUAAUGGUGGAUACAUGCCAUUCAUUUCCCAAAACCCAUAGAAUGUACACCACCAGAAGUGGACCUUAAUGUAAAUUGUGAACUUUGGAUGCUCAUAAUGUGUCAAUGUAGGUUUAUCAAUUGUAACAAGGGUACCAUUCUGGUGUGCAGAGAUGUGUGUGUGUUGGGUAGAAGAUACAUGGGGACUCUGUACUUUCUGUUCAAUUUUGCUAUGGACCUAA